ACCCCCCUGCAGGCCUCUCUCCCCCCCACCUCCCAGCCCAUGGUCUCUCAGCCCCAGCAGCAGCAGGCAGGCAGCACCGUGGUACAGAGCCCCUCUCAGACCCAGCUACCCCCUGGACCACAGCCCACACAGCCUUGCAGUAUGGCUCCACCUCCCUCCUCAAUGGGGCUCGUCUCUGUGGCACAGAUGGCCUUCAAUCAGCCCUCGGUCCCGGUUACUGCAGCUGCAGCCCAAGGGGCGGUGUCACCCAUGCAGCCGACCCCUGGGGGAGCCCUGGUGUCACCACAGAGCCCUAUAGCAGCUGCAGACUUACCUCUGCCUCCUGGGGCUCAUCCUCUACCUGGUUCUGUAUCUGUACCCACUCUGGUGACUCAUCCACCGCCGGCGCCCCCGGCCUCCCCUAUGCCGCCCCAAAUGAUGCCUACUCAGCCGCCGGUCGUUGUGGUGCCCGUCAUCAGCAUAGCCAGCACCUCCCCAGAGCCGCCAGGAGAUGCCCAGCCCCAGCCCUCUCAGACUGCUCCUCAGCCUUUGUCAUUGGAGCAGUCACAGUUACAACCACCACAAGUGCCCUCGUCCAUGGAGAGCGGUCACUCUGACGUGGCGUCCGGUCUGAGCGAUGGAAAUGAUGGAGGCAGACAAGAGGGGCGCUCCAUCAAGCGACACCAGCGGCGCUCAGUACGGAGUCGUUCUCGUACCGACAAGAUUGGCAAAGCCAAGUUGAAUGUACUAAAUAUAUCCAACAUGGGCGACAGGGUAGCUGAAUGCCAGUUGGAAACGCACAACAGAAAGAUGGUGACGUUUAAGUUUGAUCUGGACGGAGAUAACCCAGAGGAAAUAGCACAGAUUAUGGUCACCAGUCUUUUUAUACUGGAGAGCGAGAGGGAGUCGUUCAUCGAGCAGGUCCGUGAGGUCAUCGAGAUGGCUGACGAGAAGGGUCUGGAGAAAGAUGGAAACACCCAGAUUGUUUCCCAGAUAGUUAGUGACCUCCAGCAGCAACAGAUCCCUGCUAUAUCUGAACCGUUGCCAGGUAUCCCUUCCUGUGCAGCCCAGGUGGUCCACUCUGCAGGCAGGAGGUUUAUAGUCAGCCCCGUGCCUGAGUCCAGACUCAAGGACCAGUUCUUUGCUGACUCAGCGGCUGCAGGCUCUGCCCUACUGAGACAAGAUUCACAGUCCUUUAACGCCGGCCGUGCUGCAGGUCAGGGUCUGUCCCAGUCGGCCUCAGCGGUCAGCCUGCAACAGGCCUUCUCAGAGAUGAGACAGAAUCAGGGCCAGUACGACCCAGGACCCAGCACCGCUCCUCCCUCCAUCCACAUAGCCUCCCUGCCUGUCCUGGUCCCUGCUGCAGCCACCACCACCACCACCCCAGUCUUCUCCACUGCUCCUAUAGCCUCUGCUCUUAUCCCCCAUGCUCAGGUUCCAUCUGAGGCCUCUGUGACCUCCCCUCCCCCCUCAGUCUCCAUCUCCCCUCCAGCCUCCACCUCCCCACCUGCAACCAUCCACCAGGCCACCGCACCCCUCCCCACCCAGCUCCAGUCUGUUGCUACCCAGCCUCUCUUUUCCCAGGCCCCUCUCACCCUGCCGGUGACCCAACCCGUGGUCUCCUCCGUACCUAGCGUUACAGCCCCAGUCCCUGCCCCAGCCACCUCUGUGUCCCCCCCAGCCCCUGCUGUCCUCCCCACCUCAGCCUCCUUCCCCCAGACCUCUGGCCCAGGCUCCAUCCCUGGUGGUCCCACCACCUCCAUACCCACUACAGUCCUUUGUCAUUCCGCCACGGCCCCCCUGGUCAGCAGCUGUAGCAGUGGUAGUGGAGGUGGAGGAAGCUCAGAGCAGCUCCCUGUCCCUUCCACUGCUGUCCCCCAGUUCACCGCUACCGUAGUCCCCACCACGGCUAUCCAAGGCCCCCUGCUAGCCCCCUCCAUGGCUAACCCCAGUGCAGAGCUCCCUUCUUCCUCCUCGCCUGUAGCCUCUCUAGGCCCAGGGGCCACGGUCCCUACCCAGCCCACCCUGGUGCACACCCAGCCCCAGCCCACCCUGGUGCACACCCAGCCCCAGCCCGCUACAAUGCCCAACCAGACCCACGCCCAGGGUGGGGAGUGUGAGGCGGCCCUGGGCAUCGAUGACAUCCACGCCCUGGAUAAGAAGCUUCGUUCCCUCUUCAUGGACCUGGGCGGUGGUGGAACCACCCAGGCCGAUGGCUCUAUCGACCCAGCCGGAGGCACUGGUGUCCCGGGAACUUCUUCCCCAACCGGUCCCUCAUCCACCGCCAGCUCCACAGGCACCCCCCUGCCCCCCUCCAGCCUCCCCCUGGCCUCCUCAGGACCAGGGCAUGUCUCUGGGACCCCCCUCACCACCCCGGGACAGGCUGGGACCCCUUCCACCUAUACCCAGACUACCCCCGCCAAAGCACCUCUGUCUAGGUUACCGGUGUUGCCUGUGGGCUCAGAUCAGGCUCAGGCUGGCCCCCCUCCUCCCUCAGACUACAUGGCACCCUUCCCAGGACCCUGUCUAACUCAGUCCCAGCAGCCUCUGGAAGACCUGGAUGCCCAGCUGAGGAGGGCCCUGAGCCCAGAGACUGUCUCUGUCAGCUGUGUCACCACACAGUCCUCCCUCACUGGGAUGCCUGCAGGUGGCCAGCCAGUGCCUUUCUCGCUGGAAGGGGAACCAAUCACGUCGCCUAUUGCUGGAGGAUUCCAACUUGGACGAUUCCAGGUCUCUGUGGCUGCAGACCAGUGUCCCCACAAAAUCGAGAGAGGGAGCCCCACAAAAUCCUCCUCCUCCUCCACCUCCUCUUCUUCCUCCUCUCUCUCCAGCCCAGAGAACACACUGCACAAUGUCUCCUCCCCUCUCCGCGGCGGUAAGACCGGUGGGGGAGAUGUUGUGGACGGCUUGCCCUCCCUCCCCCACCGGACCGCCUCCCCUCAGCCCACCACCAUUGGCCGCUUCCAGGUCACCAACGCACCGGAUGCCAGGGUGGGCCGCUUCUCAGUGAGCCGAGCCCAGGAUGAGGCAGCCGAGGCUGUGUUCGAGCAGCCACCCGCUUCCCAGGCUAACGGGCCUAGUACUGAUCCUAGCUUGGCCACCAUGCUCUUCAGCCCAGAGGACAAACAGAGCUCCCUGCCCAGCCUCAACAACUCCUACAUGAGCUCUGAUAACGACUCUGAGUUUGAGGACGAGGACUUGAAGAGGGAGGUCAACCGGUUACGGGAAAAGCACAUGAAGGAGAUCCAGGCCCUGCACACCAAGCAGAAGGAUGAGAUUGACUCCCUGUUCGCCAGGCUGGGCAAGGUGCCUCCAGCCGUGGUGGUCCCUCCAGCUGUAGCCCUGGCCGGUCGCAGGAGACGACCCACCAAAAGCAAGAGCAGCAAGUCCAGCCGCUGCAGCUCCUCCCAGGGCAGCAAGAGCCCCCUGCAGCCAGGCAGCACUUUAUCUGCACAGAGCGCCCCCUCAGUGUACCCACCCUACCAGGCUCUCCUCCUGGCCCCUGUGGGCCUCCCCGACCCCAACCUCCACCCUGCCUCAGGGAGCCGACCACGGCCCCUCAAGCAUCUCGGCCCCUCCAGUGAGAAUCUGUGCUCUACCUACACCAGCGAAGCUACGCUGUCCGUGCCCAGUCUCUGUGCCCCCACCCAAGGCUGUGUAACGUUCAGCUGUGGGUCGGAGAGAGUGACCAUCAAACCAGGUGGUGGCAGAAGGACCCGUUUUCUGAGUACGCCCUGCUUGGCUCUUU